GAGGCAGAAGGACAGGGAGGAGCCAGAGCCAGGAGCCGCAGCUGCCGCUGCUGCUAUUGCUGCUGCUACUUUCUCCAAUCUCCCAGCCUCGGGCAGUCCCCACGGAUCUGCCCUCUCGCUGCUGCUCUCCACUCCAGGAUCUUCGGCUGUCUUCCUCCCUUCCGAAAUGCUCCUGCUCUUGGGGCUCUGCUUGGGGCUCCCGCUCUGUGUAGGGCAGCAGGACCCCCUGGCGCUGGCUGAAGAGCUGGAAGAGGCGCUGAGGUGGGACGACCAACAGGUUGGACAUCGAGUCCCAAGGCAGGUCAGGCUACAACAGAGGCUGAAAACCAAGCCCUUGAUGACGCACUUUUCGGUGAAAUCUACCAUUAUCUCUCGUUAUGCCUUCACCAUGGUUUCCUGUAGCUUGCUGAAUCGGGCAUCAGAGGACAAGGAAGUUGAGUUUCAGAUGCAGAUCCCAGCUGCAGCCUUCAUUACCAACUUCACUAUGGCUGUGGGAGACAAGGUUUAUCAGGGGGAAGUUGCAGAAAAAGAAAAGAUACAUGGUGAUAGGGCAAAAAAGCAAGACAAUAAGACCUUGGAAGAUAAUGGGGAAAAAGGAACUGAGACUUUCAGUGCCUCUGUCAUCAUUCCCAGCAAGGAUAAAGCUGCCUUCUUCCUACAUUAUGAAGAGCUUUUGCAGAGACGGCUGGGAAAGUAUGAGCACGUGAUCAGUGUCCGGCCCCAGCAGCUUGCAGGGAGGUUGCAUGUAGAAGUGAAUAUCUUGGAAAAGUCGGGCAUCGUGUCCCUUGAAGUACCACCACUGAAAAACAGCAGGCAGAAGGGCAGUGGGAAAGUGGAGGAUGAUGUUGGCCCACCUCCUUCCACAGACAUCAAUCGAAAUGAAACUUUUGCCAAGAUCAUUUUUAAUCCUAGUAUCAUACAACAAGCCAAGAUUGCCCAGAAUGGCAUUUUAGGUGAUUUCAUCAUUAGAUAUGAUGUGAACAGAGAGCAGAGAGUUGGGGACAUUCAGGUUCUGAAUGACUACUUUGUACAUUACUUUGCCCCCAAAGACCUCCCUCCUCUACCCAAGAAUGUGGUAUUUGUGCUUGAUAGCAGCGCAUCCAUGGUGGGAGCCAAACUCAGGCAGACCAAAGAUGCCCUCUUCACUAUCCUGCAUGAUCUCAGGCCACAGGAUCAUUUUAACAUCGUUGGGUUUUCCAAUCGGAUAAAAGUAUGGCAGGAUCGCCUGGUAUCAGUGACUCCCAAUAACAUCAGGGACAGCAAAGUAUACAUUCACCACAUGACACCUACUGGAGGUACGGACGUUAAUGGGGCUCUCCAGAAAGGCAUCGAACUGCUUAAUGGCCACAUAGCUGACAAUGAUAUUGACUUUAGGAGCGUGUCUCUAAUUGUCUUCCUGACGGAUGGGAAGGCCACAGUGGGAGAGACUCAGUCAAGUAAGAUCCUCAGCAACACAAAAGAAGCUGCCCAAGGUCGAGUCUGCAUCUUUACCAUCGGCAUUGGAAAUGACGUUGACUUUAAACUGCUGGAGAAGCUGUCUCUGGAGAACUGCGGCAUGACGAGGCGUGUGCAGGAGGAAGACAAUGCUAAGGAGCAGCUGAUCGGGUUCUACGAUGAGAUCAGAACCCCUCUACUCUCUGAUAUCCGAAUUGAUUAUCCACCUGGCUCUGUCGAGCAUGUUACCAAAACUCUUUUCCCUAAUUACUUCAAUGGGUCUGAAAUCAUCAUUGCUGGGAAGCUGGUUGACAGCAAGUUGGACAACCUGCAUGUGGAAGUCACAGCAAGCAAUAGUAAGAAAUUUGUGGUCCUCAAGACAGAUGUUCCUGUUGCGUCCCACAGCACAGGGAAUGAUGUCACAGGGGUUUCUACUCCAGAGGGCCAAGAUGCUGACCGAAACUACAUCGAGCGGCUCUGGAGUUACCUUACUAUUAAGGAGCUGCUGACCUCGUGGCUGAAGAGUGAUGAUGAACAGGAGAAAGAACGUUUAAUGGAGAGGGCUCGGGCUCUUGCAGUGCAUUACCAUUUCCUCACCCCUUUCACUUCCUUAAAGGUGAAGGAGUUGGCCUCUGAGGCAGCUCCAGUGGCAACAAAAGAAGUCUAUGGCAGUUCUGCAGCAGUGGGUCCAGAGACAGUUGUGCAAAGCUUGCAGGGAAAGAAGAUGCCACCAGAACCUGAUUUCAAGAAACAGUACAACCCAAGAAUUAAAAUCUCCAAAACAUCAGCGGAUGGAGACCCUCAUUUUGUGGUGGACUUCCCUUUGAGCAAACUCACUGUGUGUUUUAACAUCGAUGGGAACCCUGGGGACAUUCUCAGACUUGUCUCUGAUCACAUGGACUCUGGUGUCACAGUGAAUGGAGAAUUAAUAGGGGCCCCAGCUCCUCCAAAUGGCCACAAGAAGUAUCGGACUUACUUUCGAACCAUCACCAUCCUCAUCAAUAAGCCAGAGAGAUCUUACUUGGAAAUCUCACCAAACAGGAUUGUCUUGGAUGGUGGGGACAGGUUGGUCCUCCCUUGCAACCAGAGUGUAGUAGUGGGGAGCUGGGGGCUGGAGUUGUCUAUUUCUGCCAAUGCUAACAUCACAGUGACCAUCCAGGGCACAAUCACUUUUGUUAUUCUUAUUCAUCUCUACAAAAAUCCAGCUCCUUACCAGCGAAAUCAUCUUGGCUUCUACAUCUCCAAUAGCAAAGGACUCUCAGCCAAUUGUCAUGGGCUUUUAGGUCAGUUCCUGAACCAGGAGCCUAAACUAACAAAAAAGCCAGUUGGCUCAGGCUCCAACCGGAACCGUACUGAGCCUUCAGUCUCCCAGGCAGACUUAAGCUCUGAGACCAUUCUAAAAGUGAAAGAGCAUCGGGUCCCAGUGUUUUGGAAACAGAGGAAGAUCUACAAUGGACAAGAGCAGAUAGACUGCUGGUUUGCCAAAAAUUCGGCCAAGCUCAUUGAUGGAGAGUACAGGGACUACUUAGCCUCCCAUCCUUUUGAUACAGAGACCACUCUUGGAGUAGGGACAUCCCAGUGACUAUAGGACAUGCCAGCCCUGGAGAUGAGAACACAUGGUAGGGAAAUGACUUUUGAAGCUAUCCUAAUGUAUGCAGUUCUUCAUACCACAUCCCUGAGCAACUCAGCUACUCUCAGAUGUCAAGCUGGUCAAAGGGUAGGGAGGGGAAGCUUGGGUGAAGAAGUUAUUUCCUUCCUUCUUUCCCCUUUUUGCCUUUCCCUACCUUAUCCACAGAGGAGAAAGAAGUGACAGAACUAAGUGGGAGAUGCAACAAAACCUUGACAUUGCUCUAACCUGGCACCACUCUUCUUCCAUGUAUCUCAGCACCUGCCACACAUUAACCAGCUCCUUUGUGAUGCAGGCUGAUUGACUGGAGACCUUGCCUUUGAUGUGGAAAUGGCCGGCCUGGGUCAGCAACCUUGCCUUUUGCCUUACACCAAUGCUUGGCGAGCUCUCCUUUAUAAAACUUCUAAGUCCUCUGGAUGCAUGGCUAGCUCCUUGCAUGGGAGGGCACCUCUAGCCUGUCUCUGGUUAUAGCACAUGGAUUUGAUAAUGGCCAACAACUCUAUUAUUCCUUAGGAAAGUCUCCUCUGCGGUGUUAGCUCACCUUUUUAAAAAUUAGCUUUUUUUUGGUUCACUGUAGGAAUUGAUAUGAGAUCAGUCCCUCUCUACCUAAAAUCUUAUUAGCUGGAUUUGUAAAUAACUGGACUUUGUUUAUUGAUAUUUUCCUAUUUAUUUAGUUAUGCUAAGUCCAUAAAGGAGGGAAAAUAACAAAUAUCAUGUGUAUUUGAACUAGUCUGCUUGGAAUGCUGAGAAUCUUGCCAGCUGUGUGUUAAGUCACUUACAAAGCCCUAGGAAAUCUCUGGUUUACUCUGAUAGAUUCUGGAUGAUUUUUUUUUUCCGCAAUGAAAGGUUCUUCAGGAGAUGAUGAACUGAGCUGUCCCAAGUGGAAUUGGGGUGUGGCUGGGGAAGGGGCUGGCUUAGAUUCAGUGCAGAAUGACCCUGGCAGGCAAGCUAGCUGUAAGGGAUUAACUUGCACAUUGACUUACCAAACCUGAAAAGAAUGCCAGCAUCUCAGAGUUACAUAGGCCAAGGAGUCAGAAAUCAUGGUGGGAGUGAAGAAGAAGUUUGAUUUUUUUUCAGACCUUGGCCAAACCUGUGUCCCAAAUGGAAGAGGGAAGGGUACAGUUGUAGGGGGCUGGGAGUGAAAAUACCCCCCCCAAAUGUUGUCCAUUUAAUUUUUAAACAUACCAUCGGAAGCCAAAUUGUAUUACUAAAGGAGAAUAAGCCUGAUAGUAGAAAGGAAGCUUUAUCAGCACUCUUUUCCAAAUAUCUCUCCACCUUUGCUCUGCUGUUCAUCAUACUGUCUUUUAAGUGAAACAAGCCUACAUCAGAGGAAGGUUGUCUGGGAAGUAGACAGAUGCAGGGUGUAUGGAGCCAAACAGAAGAGGGGUGCCAGGAAUUUUCAGCCAAAGAAAUAUUUUCUUUUGACGAGAGCUGUAUUAGAAGGCCAAGCGUUAACCUCAGGAGAGGUUCCUUAUGUUAGGAGGACUGCCAAACCAGCCCUCGCAUGAAAUGUGAAAACAGCCCUAGCAUUUGGGGAGAAAUCAGAAUUAAGAAAAUUGUUUGCUGCUUUUGCCUUCCCUUGAGAAACAUCAGAAAUAGCCAAAUGUCACCCAUGUGGGACAGUCAGAUCCAGACAGCUUCAGGGGUAGUAGCUUAGGUCACUUUAUUGUCUAAUUUCUCUAAUCUCUCUUAAAUCAUCCACCUCUGUCCUCAACAACAGAUGGCCAGGAAUUGAUCUCCUGAGUUGUCAGUUAUAUCGCUUA